GUGUCAUACAACAAUAAACGGCCUGCGGUACGGUCGGUCGAUGGAGCACAAAUUUGUCUUCGAAAGAACGUCUUAUUUUCUUGUUUGAGUCAUGGAACCCAACUAUCCCCCUGGCUACUAUUGCUCUGAACGAGACCAACAUCAAAGUAGGCAUCAACAGCAGCAGCAGCAAUCACAACAACACCGGCAACAUUGUGCACCCUAUCCCAUGGAACUACCUUUAUCAUACCACACACCUUCACAACACCAGCUUGACUUUGCGCUAGAACACCCAAUGCGAGCAUUCCCUGUACAUCCGCGUCCUCCGACAUUGCGCUCAAGUUAUCAAGAUUCUGCCCCUGUGCCUGCAAGUUCAAGUACAGUUCACCAGGCCAGUCAGUCAGUUCCGUUCCAGCUUGGAGAUGAUGGGAUCAAAUCCUCUGGCUUUUCUUCAGGCUACGUCGCAUCCGUCACCCCUCCAGAAGCUGUUGUUGAAAGUGAAAUCUUGCCAUUGACAACUCAGGAACAUGCUCCAGCAGGCAACACAACCCAAUUGCCAGGUAAGCCUGAUAUUGCUUCACACACUCCUAAGCAUACUCCGAGUAAAGAACACCAAACACAGUAUCAACCACCCACACAUCCACCCAAGGCCAGACCUUCAGCUCCAAGCUUGUCUCCUGCCGACCCUCCGGUCUUGGUCGCACUCAAUCUGAAAAAGAGUAGGGCGCCCUCAUCGAGUUCGGAUCUUCCUCGGGGUCUAUCGCUCCGCAAGACAUCGCAGGGUAAAGUGGAAGGUGUGGUUGCCAUGGAGAGGAUUGAGCAAGGGGUGGAGUUUGGACCUUAUAGAGGAACGUUGCUGGAAGAGGAUGUUGGUGGGAUGAAAGAUACAACUUGGGAGGUCUUUCUCUCGGGUAAAGUGUGUUUCUACGUUGAUGGAAGCAAGACCUGGAUGUCUCUCGUAAGAUGUGCAAUUUACAAGGAGGAACAGAACCUGGAAGCUUAUCAAAUCUACGGGGAAAUCUUCUACAGAAGUACAAAGGUCAUUGAACCUGGUGGCGAACUUAAAGUAUUCUACAGUGAGGACUACAUGAAUCGUGUAGGAUUUCCCAACAGAUUGAGUGAUCUUCACUUUGAUAAAGAUGCUGAGAAGUUUCAUUGCAGCCAGUGUGAACAUCUAUUUGCAUCCCCUAAAGUGAUCCUGAGACAUAUCAAAUGUGAACACACCCAUAGCAGCAAACCCGGAAGUCAAUCUAAUGAAAUGAUUCCUAUGCUCUCAUGGAGAAAGAAAAGGAAAUCAAAUAAUUCUACAAAGACAGAGAUUACCACCAAACUGCAUUCCACUACCAAGAGUGAAAGCAACCAGGAUGAGCAAGUGUUUACGUGUGAAACAUGUGGGAAGGUUUUUCCUACCCGAGGUAGACUUAUGGCCCAUAAGUUGUUUCACGAGUACAACCAAGAACACGCAUGCCCUGUUUGUGGCAAAGGACAGGGAAAUACACAGGCCUUGGCAAGACAUUUGACGACUCAUGAGCCCAAAUUAUACAAAUGUAAGAAAUGCGCCCGACAGUUCAAAGCAGAAACUUCACUCGAUAAGCACAUGAGAGAGGCCCAUGGUUUUAGAUGUCAGUUUUGCCUUGAGUUGUUCACGAGAAAGAGUAAAUGUUUGGAACACGAGCAGACACACCAAGCUUUUAAAUCAGGGCAACCUGAAUCAAAUGAGACAUCGCCAGAUGAGACAGAACCAUCACAAGCAGCAACCCAAGAAGCAAAGGACAUGCUUGGUAAAACAACCACCUACUACCAGAAGAAACGCCCAUACAAGUGCCGUUUCUGUCCAAAGAGAUAUACCUCCUGUUUCAGCGCCAGGGACCAUGAAAAGGAGAACCACACCAAUGAAGGAACGUACAAGUGCAUACAUUGUCCUAAGGUUUUUACCAGCGAGCAUCGACUGAAGAACCACCUGAUUAGCCAUGAGCAAAAGGGAUUCUAUCAAUGCACGCUAUGUCCAAAAAGCUUUGGCUCCGAAAAAGCUCUGAACAACCACCAAGGUGAACACACAGGACUAAAGCCGUUCAAGUGUGAGAUCUGCAGCCGUGGAUUUCGAGUGAAAAGUCACUUCCACGCGCACAAGCGACGCAUGCAUCAGGAACGGCCUCUACGAUUUUUCUGCUCGGUCUGCAACAAAGGGUUUGCCGAUAAAGGAAACCUUGUAAAGCAUGAGCGAAGGCACAAGGGCAUUAGGCCAUUUGUGUGCCUUGAAUGCGGGAAAGGUUUCACAGCAAGGACUUCACUAGACACACACAUGCAAAUAAUCCACACCAAAGAAAAGAGGUUCUGUUGUGAAGUUUGUGGCAAGAAAUUUUCUCUCAAUAAUCACUAUACCCAUCACAUGAUCAAGCAUAAAAUGCAGGGGGAUGCAGAUGCGUAACAUUAAUUAAUAUUUCUGGAAGGCAUUGUCCUGCAUAUCAAACGGGUAUUCAUUGCAAGCUCUCCUGAAUUCAAAAUGAGUGAACAAUAUUUUCCAUAUUUCAUUUUGGUUUAUUUCCAUAGACUUCUGUAGUAAACAUAGAUGGUGACAUUGCAAUAUUCUUAUAAGUUCUAAUGUAGUACAUGAUGUAACAAUAACGUUUCAGUAUUGUUGAGUUUAUAGAAAUGAUCCUGGGGUGUUUGACAAAGGGAUUUGGAAUGACUUUCACUUCUGUCAUAAUUAAAUUCUAAGUUGCAUACGGUAAGAAGGAGGCGCGAUAGCUCAGUCGGUAGAGCGGGGAUUUCGGAUUCCGGUGACCCGGGUUCGAUUCCCAAGUGGUGCGCUAGUGCCCUUUGGUAAGGCAUUUAUCCUCAUUACCAGGCCCCUCGGAGAGGACCUUAAGCUGUCGGUCCCCUGGUUGCUUGCUCACAGGCUUUCGUGCUUUCUUAGCAGUCAGGUAAAAAACCUCGAUAUAACAUAACAUAACAUAUAGUAUUUUGUUAAAGAAUAGCUCAAAUUAUCAAGCUUCGAAAAUAGGCUUUCUUGGGCCUCUGACCGGCCUCAAAACCAUGACGUCAAUAGAAGCAUUGUGAUUCCAUAGGCUUGUACACAGAAAACCAGAGUGAUUUUUCCUGCUUUUAAGAUUACACAUUUUAUUUCUUUACUUGUAUCACAUAGAGCCAUCAUUAGUAUCUUUACCUGGAAGCUUGAAUUGAUGAAAUCUACUGCUUUGGACAAGAAACUUUUUCGCUAUAUUUUAUUUCCCUUUUAAUUAUUUUGGCACAGCUUUAAAAUUCUAUCUCUCAUGGACCUGGCCACGACGGAUUAUCUAUUGUUACUGGGGGUGCUGUGACAAUGCUCAGCACCUCCAGUAACAAUAGAAUGAUCCUCCGUGGCAAGGUCCAUGCUAUCUGCAUUCAGAUUAUGUGUAACAACUUUUCCGGACAUAGCAAUUGAGGCCCAAUAAGUGCCAAACAAAUAAAUUAUCACAAAAACCUAGUGAGGAAUUGUAGGAUUCCAUCCAUUUGACCAUUGAGUAAAUUGCCAGUGACGUUUUCUGCAAAUUUGAAAAAAAAAUCAUUACAGUUCAGUUUGGUUUAUUUUCAUAUC